AUGAAAGUUUUUAACACAAAGCUUCAAACGGUAGUGAGAGAACAACUGACUGCGGAAGGACAUCCAUUACCUUCAGAAGUUACCAUAGCAUAUAAUUUUGAAACAAACUCAAUAGAUUUUAAAGUCGUCUCUGCAAAGAAGUCAGGUUUUACAUUUAAUGAAGCAGAUGUAUAUUCGAAUGAAAACUUCAAAGCUAUUGCAUGGUUAGAUAAUGACGAUUGCUUUAAGAAAAUAUUUAAAUACAGUGACUCAACGAUGUCAAUAGAUGACCUUCGUGGAAUGUUACCAUCGACGUUUACAGUUGAAGGUUCAGCAGGAUUGCUUACAAGAUUGUCAAUUGGUGGUAUUUGGUCUCGUGAGAACAUUGUUAUAAAAUCCAGUAUAAGUGAAUUUGCUGAAGAAUCUAUAUUAUGUCUUUCAAACUAUAUGUAUUCGCCGCCGAAGCAUUAUAGUAUAACAAACUUUGUCAGUAAGUUUAACAUAAGACUUGUCGAACCUUCUUCAAUGAAAGAUGUUGUGCUACCUAAAGAUGGAAAGGAUGGACUCAUUAUUGAGAUGAUUUUAAUAGCAUAUUAA